AGAGCCAUUUAUUGCAAAGAAAAAUACUGAACUGAUUCAUUUCUGUGGCUUCUGUGACGCUCCACUGGCUGCAGCUGUGGCUCCUUGGAGCUUUGUGACAUGAAAAUUGUUUAGGAAGCCCUGCAUUGAGCCACCAUGUGGGCGUGUUUCUCUCGACCCAACAGUCUCCAGUCUUGUGUGGAGUUCAGAGCGAGAAAAACGCAUUGCUUCUGGUGCGACUGCAGAGCGCAAAGGUGGGAGCUCUUCGACUCUGACGCGCUCACCAUCCUCCUGGCUCCAGCGCUUCAUCUACAGAAGAGGAGUUAAAAAAAACAAAAACUCCACGCCACAACCAACCAUGGAUGCAUAUCGAGCCUAUGCUAUACACCUGGGCCUGCUCCUUGUUUUGUUUGGGAAUAUACCUUGCUUCCAGUGUGCUGCUAUCAUCUCUCCAUCUGCGCCUCGGAGGAACAGGGAAUCCAGGAUCUCUCAUCCAUACGGACAAAGGUCAUCCAAGCUCUUCAAAGACAUUAUCGCGUCCUCGCACUCUGCAGCAGGACGCCACAAAGAAGAAGUCCCAAAGGACGCUGUUGUCCCGCACGAGUACAUGCUCUCCAUAUAUAGGACGUACUCGGCGGCAGAAAAACUUGGACUAAACGCGAGUUUUUUCCGCUCCUCAAAAUCAGCCAACACCAUUACGAGUUUUGUGGACAAAGGAACAGACAAUCUUUUGCACUCCUCUUUGAGAAGACAGAAGUAUCUGUUUGAUGUUUCCACCCUUUCGGAGAAAGAGGAGCUGGUCGGAGCAGAAUUAAGGAUAUUCAGGAGAGCAUCGGGGGCCCCGCAGACGGAUGGACCCCUCCACAUCCAGCUCUAUCCAUGUCGCUCCGACACACUGCUGGACUCCAGGUAUUUGGACCCCAUGGAUUCCAAUAAAGCCGGCUGGGAGGUUUUGGACGUGUGGCAUGCAUUUCAGACACAACACCAACAGAGAAAUCAGCUCUGCUUCCAGCUCAGGGCCGUUCUCAGUAAAUCUGACACAGAGGUGGACCUGAGGCGGCUGGGGCUGGACAGGGGCGGCCGCGGCCAGCAGGAGAAGGCCAUCUUGGUCGCUUACACCCGCUCCAAGAAGAGAGAGAACCUGUUUAACGAGAUGAAGGAGAAGAUCAAGUCGCGAAGGUCGGUUGAAGAGAAGCCGAUGAAGGGGGGUACGGGAGAGGGCCCCCGGCGGCGCAGAAGGACGGCGCAGAGCAACCGGCACGGGAAGAGGCACGGAAAGAAAUCCAAGUACAGGUGCAGCAAAAAAGCUCUGUAUGUGAACUUCAAGGAGCUCGGCUGGGACGAUUGGAUCAUCGCCCCGCUGGGCUACGAGGCCCACCACUGCGAGGGCGUGUGCGACUUCCCGCUUAGGUCGCACCUGGAGCCCACCAACCACGCCAUCAUCCAGACCCUCAUGAACUCCAUGGACCCAAACAGCACCCCACCGAGCUGCUGUGUGCCCACUAAACUCAGCCCCAUCAGCAUCCUGUUUACAGACGCGGGAAACAACGUGGUGUACAAGCAGUAUGAGGAGAUGAUUGUGGAGCAGUGUGGCUGCAGGUAGCGGUCAUUUAAUUUAAUUUAAUGCUGAUAAAACAAAUGAGAAAAAAAACUCAUUUGUUUAAAGUGAAAUCCUGAUGGCUCCUGGACUGAACUAUCCUCUCCUCACAGGGUCUGAAGAUGCGCUCAAAGUACCCUCCAUCAUCUUAUUUAUUUUGACUAAUUCAUACAAAAAAUGUCCCGCACAUUUGUUCUUGUCCAUGCAAAGACCAGGGCGAGGUGUCCGGGUUGUUAGGCACAAAUCUGUGAACAGACAUAGAGCACGCUCUGGCUGCAGGCCACAGAGGAGUCUGCUUCCAGGUGCGCCAUCUGGACGGCCAGUGAGAAUCCUGUCAGCUACAGAGGCUGGACUUACCUGGAGUGGGCCCAUGAGCGCGGCACUAUCCAACUGGAGCCAAUCAGAACCUGCUUUCACCAAAAAGUAGAUUAUUAAAUACAUGAGGUGAAUGUCUAAUGUACCAAACAUUAAAAAAGAAAAGAUUGGAUCACUUAGCGAGGAAGAAAGGUGGUGAUGGUGAUGCCUUCAAGAGAUUUUUUUGAUUGUUUGUUUGUAUUUUUUUGGGAGGGGGUGGGGGGGUUGCCUUACAAGAGAACAGUUGAAAGGACCCAGAUAAGACCUGUGCAUCACCUGGGCCCCUGACGCGUGAAAACGGGAAGAUUUCUUUCGAAAAGCACACAUAUCUGGCUCGGAUUUUACGCUCAAAAGUCUGCAUCUUUACGCAAUGCACUUCCACGACUUCCUGCGCCAUGCGUGGACAAGUGGGCAAGGAGAAAAUGUAAAGACUCACCAAACGAGACGAUAUUUAAAUGCACAUUAGCUUUGAAUGCACUGCUGUUCGUUAUGUUUUCUCUCUUUAUCUCUAAGUUGUAAAUAUUUGUACAGUCAAAGAAAAAAAGAAAAAAACUUUACAAAGUGCUACAAAUGAGGAUAUGCGCAAACGGCAUUUCUUUGUAAAUGUACAAAAGGGCACUCAAAUCGGUAAAGAUUUCUAUUCUAUAAUUAUUUUAUUAUUUGUGAUGUACAGAGUUCCAUGAUAAUCAUAUAUUUCUUACGUCGAAAAGAGUAAUUUAAGGUGUCUUCAAUAUUUUUGCAGAGGGUGGAAAGUACCAUUAUUAAUAUCUAUCUACCUCAUUAUUGCAUAUAGGUUCUGAGUUUGAGGUGCGUUCAGUUAAAGUGUAAAGAGCUUUUGCAAUGAUAUAUAUAUAAGAUCAUUUAUAUACAUAUAUAACUGGAUACUACUCCACACCAUUACUGUACAAAUAAAAUUCCAAACAAAGUCUGGAAUGUCUGGUGAGUUAUGCCUUUUCUGUGUUUAAUUCAUUCAAAACAUUUGGAAAUUUGCCAAAAUGUUGAGUGCUUUUAAUGUUUCAGGAUAAAUUUUUGCCAUUGCCUUUUACGGUUCCAUGAAAAAUACCUUUUGUGUUCACAUUUUGUCAAAAUUAAAACUAUUAUUGUGUUUAA